GUGGUGUACGUGUCUCUGAGUGUGUGUGUUGCCGUGGUGUGUGUGUUGGAGGUUGGCCGGGAGGAGUGUGUCCGUGUGUUGGGUCACGUCCGGGGGCAGAGUGUGGUGCUGAUUGGGAAGGUGUUUGUCUGGCUGUGUGUGUUGUUGUUUGGUGUGUGUGUACAGCAUCACCACAGCCGAGCGAGAAGCAGAGGAUACCUCCGUUUCUAUAGAGACAACCGUACCCUGAAACACCUGCCCUUCCUCAUCCACUCGGCAGGUAACACGGCGGUGUUGGUGGUCAUGUCAGCUGACCUGUCAGAGGCAGAUCAUCUUCCUGUUUAUCUGCUGCUAGGGAUUCUGGGACUGGAGCUCCUGGUCUCUCUGCCUUGUCUGAUCAUCUACACAGUCAGGGUGGUGAGAUUCAACAGAGACAGAGCUGGUCCAGAUAUCAGUCAGGAGGAACCAUCUAACUCCUACAACACUACUGAGACUGGCUUCAGGGAGGGCUCCAGUCUGGAAGAGGUGGUGGAGAAGCAAGCUGAUCUCAUCGACUACCUGAAGCAACACAACACCUUACUGAGCAAGAGACUGCUCAACAUGACUGUACAGCACUGACCACAAUACAACCACAAUACAACCACAAUACAACCAUAAUACAACCAUAAUACCUUACUGAGCAAGAGACUGCUCAACAUGACUGUACAGCACUGACCACAAUACAACCACAACACAACCACAACACAACCACAAUACAACCACAACACAACCACAACCACAACACAACCACAACCACAAUACAACCACAAUACAACCACAACACAACCACAAUACAACCACAAUACAACCACAAUACAACCACAAUACAACCACAACACAACCACAACACAACCACAACACAACCACAACACAACCACAAUACAACCACAACCACAAUACAACCACAAUACAACCACAACACAACCAUAAGAGACAGAGAGAGGAGGAUGGAAGAAGAGAAGAGGGUCACAGAUUAGAGGCCUGAAGUUUUAUUUCUGUGUGACCACCCCAAGUGACCUCUGGGUAGUGUGUCUGUGUAGAGAUUGUGUGUCUGUGUAGAGAAAGGUAGUAUUAGUCUAGAGGUAUGUGAGAAAGAGGGAGAAGAAGGGAGGAGAGAGAUCGAGGAGGGGGAGAGGGAGGAGGAGAGGGAGAGAGAGAGAUCGAGGGAUGAGGAGAGGGAGAGAGAGAUCGAGGAGAGGGAGAGGGAUGAGGAGAGGGAGAGAGAGAGAUCGAGGGAGGAGGAGAGAGAGAGAUGGGGGAGAGGGAGGAGGAGAGGGAGAGAGAGAGAUCGAGGAGAGGGAGGAGGAGAGGGAGAGAGAGAGAUCGAGGAGAGAUCGAGGAGAGGGAGAGAGAGAGAUCGAGGAGGGGGAGAGGGAGGAGGAGAGGGAGAGAGAGAGGGUGGGAACAUGUUAUCAGGGCCUGGUGUGUGUGUGUUCCACAGAAAUGUUUUACCUGUGUGUUCUCCCUGCAGUGUGUUUUUAUAUAAACUCAGCUAAAAAAUAAACGUCCUCUCACUGUC